GGUUUGUGAUCAAAACAAACAGCAAUUGAUUUGUGAAUCUGUUUUGAAUUGUGUGUCAAUUGACGGCUAAUUAUAAGCGUUGAAAGCAAUCACUGAAUGAAUCGUUUGAUUGAAAGUGAAAUCCAAACAAUUGAUUGAAAUAAUGGCAGAACUGUUGCAGAGAUUCAGUGGAAAUCCGUUCACAACAACUGUCGGACAGAAAAUCGAACAGGCCACCGACCCAUCCCUGGCCUCCGAGAACUGGGCCCUCAAUAUGGAGAUAUGCGAUGUGAUCAACGACACCGACGAGGGUCCCAGAGAUGCCGUGCGGGCCAUCCGGAAGCGAUUGCAGCAAAACUCUGGCAAAAACUUCACUGUCGUUAUGUUCACUCUCACAGUAUUGGAAGCGUGUGUCAAGAAUUGUGGCAAAAGAUUUCAUUUAUUGGUUACGAAUAAAGACUUUGUCCAAGAAUUAGUCAAAAUUAUAGGCCCUAAGAAUGAUCCUCCGGCUGUCGUCCAGGAAAAGGUAUUGAGUCUAAUCCAGAGUUGGGCGCAGGCUUUUAGAGGACAGACAGAGCUUCAAGGAGUGGUUCAGGUCUAUAACGAACUCAAAAGUAAAGGCAUUGAAUUCCCGGCGACAGACUCGGAGGCUAUGGCACCCAUACAUACUCCGCAAAGAGCUAAAUCGGCGACAUCUCAUUCAUCAGAGCCAUCAGUUCCGUUGCCGACCAAUACAUCAGUGGGUGCGGCGGCCAGUGUUCAGCCGCAGCCCAUGACAGGGGCGGCCGCCAGACGUGUGGUGACGGGACCGAUGCAGUUGAGUCCGGAACAGUUGGCCAAACUGAGGAGCGAACUCGAUGUCGUUCAGUCCAAUAUGAAAGUCUUCAGUGAAAUGUUGACUGAAUUGACGCCCGGAAGCGAACAUAACGACGACUGGCAACUGUUGUCCGAUUUGAACAAAACGUGUCAAUCCAUGCAAACCAGAAUUGUUGAACUCAUUGAACGCGUGGCCAAUGAAGAGGUCACUAAUGAACUGUUGAGAGUCAACGACGAACUCAAUAACCUUUUCCUGAGAUACGAGAGACACGCAAAGAAACACAAACCCCAACCCCAACCCCAACCACAGAGCACAGCAGUGGCCGCACCACUGCCCUCACGCCCAUCGGAACCCACUUUAAUUGAUUUUGAUUCGACAGACGAGUCGACUGUUGGCGUCACUACACGUUUGGCGGACAUUCAGUUGAGUGGUAUCAACGCCGCUGCCUCACGACCCGUGGAGGCAACUGCUGGUGAUUUGGACUUUGAUGUGUUCGCUCAGUCAAGAGGCGCUUCCACUAAAGACAACACAACUAAUGACUUAAAUUCAGUGAACCCGCCGCCCAAUAAAGAGAUGCCAAACACUGUAAUCCAGACACAACGCGAACAAGAUUUCGAUGAAAUGGAAAAGUGGCUCAAAGAGGACCCAACUCUGACCGGAUCAGAGUUCGACCGCUUCUUAGCCGAGAGGGCGAGCGCUCUGGAGAAACAGCCGCAUAAAGGGGGUGAAGGGGAUGUGGAUGUGAACAACAAACCCGAUGACAAAAGUCUCUUAUAGUUUGGUGUUUGUGUUGAUUUCGCUUAAUAUAAUAUAUCAUAGCUUUUAAUAAUUGAGUCUUAAGUCGAAUAAUAUAUAAGUAAAUGAUAUAAUGAUUCAGUAUUUAUAAUAUCAAGUGAUUUAUAUUUUACGGUAC